AUGGCCCUGCCUGGGCAGGAGGACUACGUGUUUGCCUACCGCGACUCAUCGCACCCUGCGUGCCUGCUGGACGCGUUCCGGUCGUUCUACCUAGACGGGUUAUUCACUGACAUCGCGCUUCAGGCCGCUUCGGGGGUCCUGCUGCAUUGCCACAGAGCCGUCCUGGCGGCUUGCAGCUGUUAUUUCAGAGCCAUGUUCACAGCCGAUAUGAAAGAGAAAUCUAAAAACCAGAUCAGGCUUCCUGAGCUCAGCCACGCCGUGCUGGAAGCCCUUGUGAAUUAUGCGUACACCUCCCAGAUCCAAAUAACAAAGAGAAACGUGCAAAGCCUGCUGCAGGCGGCUGAUCUCCUCCAGUUUGUCUCAGUUAAGAGAGCCUGUGAGCAGUUUCUGGUCAGGCACCUGGAUGCUGACAACUGCCUUGGGAUGCAUGCUUUUGCUGAGCACCACAGUUGUCUGGAACUGGAAAAGGAGUCCCGGAGGAUGUUGCUGUGGCAGUUUGAAGAAGUGUGGAAGCAGGAGGAGUUCCUGGAUGUUAGCAAGGAGAAGCUGGCUUUCAUCCUCUCCAGAGAGAACCUCAAUGUCUGGAAAGAAGAGGCAGCUGUCGGAGCUGUUGUUAGGUGGGUUGCUCACAAUGUAGAGGAAAGAAUUGAAGACAUCUAUGAACUGCUGAGCUGCAUCAAACUAGACCUAGAUAACAUGUAUUUGAGGUCAGCUUUAAGCCUGCAAAAAAAAUGCCGACUUAAUGAUAAUAAGAUAAGGUCCCUCGUGUACAGGGCCCUAAACCCCAGUCCCAAAGGCCUUUCCAAAACACCAACGGCCACCAUGUAUGUGGUUGGAGGAUAUUAUUGGCAUCCCUUAUCAGAAGUGCAUGUUUGGGAUCCUUUAACUAACGCAUGGCUCCCAGGAGCAGAAAUGCCGGAUCACACUCGAGAGAGCUAUGGGGUCACAAGCCUGGGGCCAGACAUAUAUGUGACAGGAGGCUACAGAACAGAGAGCAUCGAAGCCCUGGAUACUGUGUGGAUAUAUAACAGUGAGCGGGAUGAGUGGGCACAGGGCUGCCCCAUGCUUGAUGCGAGAUACUACCACUGUGCAGUGUCCCUGAGCGGCUGCAUCUACGCACUGGGUGGCUACCGGAAGGGAGCUCCGGUGCAAGAAGCUGAGUUCUAUGAUCCCUUGAAAAAGAAAUGGGUUCCUAUUGCAAACAUGAUCAAAGGUGUUGGGAAUGCCACUGCCUGUGUCCUGCACGAAGUCAUCUACGUAACCGGCGGUCAUUAUGGCUACAGGGGAAGCUGCACCUAUGAUAAGAUCCAGAGAUACCAUUCGGGUAGCAAUGAGUGGAGCAUCGUCACCACAAGUCCACAUCCAGAAUAUGGACUGUGUUCAAUCACAUUGCAAAACAAGAUCUAUUUUGUGGGUGGACAGACCACGAUCACAGACUGCUACGACCCAGAGCAGGAUGAGUGGAAGCAGAUGGCUCACAUGUUGGAACGGAGAAUGGAGUGUGGCGCGGUGGUGAUGAACGGGUGCAUCUAUGUGACAGGAGGAUAUUCCUAUUCCAAAGGAACGUAUCUGCAGAGUAUUGAGAAAUUCAACCCUGAACUAAACAUUUGGGAAGCAGUAGGCAACCUUCCCAGCGCCAUGCGUUCACAUGGCUGUGUCUGUGUGUAUAAUGUGUAA